AUGGUUCAAACGAGAUGCGAGCGUCAUCGCAGACCCCUGCAGACGGAUAUCAUCUACAAGUCUCUGAAGUCGCUGCAGAUUUUCACGGCGCUGGACUACUUCAUUCGAGUGGGGCUCAGCAUGCUCAUUCGGGACCCGACCAAGCGACCAACUCGCUUCUACCCGAAGCGCCAUUGGCCGUCCGCGAUCGUGUUGAUUUUGUUUGUUAUUGUGCUGGUCGUCUUCGUAGAGGAGAGCAUUCGCACGUCGGAUGUGGCAUGUGAGCUUAACCCCGAGUGUGCUGUGAAAGCUCACCGAUGGAUUACUGUGGAGAAGGACUCACUCGUCGAGUGUCCUUGCCUCACGUUAAUUGAUCAAGAUCUGGCGCCAAAGUCCUUAGAAGCGUGGAUGCAGCCGAAAGAUGUGACGAAGAAAGUGGCGCAGCUUGCGGCAGCUGGCGAUCUUCGUACGAUUCAGCUCGUAAAUCGGUAUCUUCCGGUGAUACCCGAUGAACUGCGGCGAUGUCGAAAUAUGAGGCACCUCGCUCUGGUAUAUACGCACACGGAAACACUGCCUACGUGGAUCAAGAAGUUUGUCAAGUUGGAAUACCUUUAUGUUGAAGGAACGUUCACCAGUUCGUUGCUGAUGCUUCCAGAAGAUAUUUUCAAUGAUAUGCCGUGCCUCACGUUCAUCCACCUUGGAAUGCAUCUCCAUAUGCAGCACCUCCCCUCCUUCGACGGUCUCAUCAACCUUAAGGCUCUGACAUUGGCAGUAUUCGUAUCACUGCCUGCAUUCGACAGGUUGACGAGUCUUGAGCGGUUGCUGCUGGUUGCUUUGUCAAGCACCAAGGGGCUACCGGAUCUGCCAUCCGUCAAGAAACUUAAGACGUUCACCGUAAAUGACCGUGGCGGCUGGUGCUGCAACGGAUUUCUAGGCGAGUGUGAUGUGGACGACCCGUUCUGCGGAGCUAUGCCACUCGUGGGGUUACCGCCAGUGUCUUGCCUAGAGCCAACCGAUCCAAGGGCGACGACCGAGACACUAGCAGUGGUCAAUAAGUUUUCGUCAACGACCUGCCGUUCACCCGAGCCCACCAUUACAAUUCCUGGCCCUCCGACACCGGAAGGUAUCGCUCAGUGCGGUGGCAUUUUGUAUCGUAGAUGCAACGUCUCGGGCUUUGAAGAAGCCAUGUGA